AUGUCUUACUUUCUCCCACAUUUGCCUUCCGGAUGGCACGUCGACCAAGCUAUCCUGGCCGAAGAAAAUCGGGUUGUCAUUAUCAGGUUCGGUCAUGAUUGGGAUUCAGAGUGCAUGAGGAUGGAUGAAACUCUCUACGGAAUCUCAGAAAAAGUGAAGAAUUUCGCGGUGAUCUAUCUGGUCGACAUCACUAAAGUUCCAGAUUUCACGAAGAUGUAUGAAUUAUACGAUCCUUGUACAGUUAUGUUUUUUUACAGAAAUAAGCACAUCAUGAUUGAUUUGGGAACAGGGAACAACAACAAGAUCAAUUGGGCGAUGGAUGACAAACAAGAAUUGAUUGACAUCGUGGAGACGAUUUAUCGAGGGGCGAGUAAAGGCCGAGGUUUGGUAAUUACUCAACUCGGUACAAGUAUUGUCAGUUAUGUUUCUCUUGCCCCUUCACUAUUCCGCCGCAAAUCGCUUGAUGAUUCUGUAUUGUAA